AACCCUCCGAUCCCACUCGUCAGACUUUCUAUAGCACAAAAACUAAAAUGGACCACCCCCAAACCCCCCGCAUCCUCGCCCCGCACCUCUCCAACUUUCAACACCGCAUCGUACGCAUACUGGGCAAAGUCGUGCAAUUACGCGGCGAAACGGCGGUGAUCGAUGCUGGAGGUCAGAUUGAUGUUAUUUUGACUCGGGAUUCGCAUCUCACUGUUGGUCACGCAGUAGAGAUUAUCGGCAAGGUGGAUCAGAAUUUGCACGUCAAGGUGCAGGCUGCGACGGAUUUUGGGACGGGCAUUGAUUUCAACGCAGCGAAUGCAGUAGUGGACGCUACACAUCGGUACAAGGAGAUUUUCUACGACGACAACUAAUGACUCAUCGUUCGGACUUGGGGAGGUUUUUGUAAGCAGAAGAGAUAAGAACGAAAAAUGAGGGUGAGGUAUAGCUCGAUACCACAGUAGAAAUGCUGCCCUAACCUCAGAAGCGCUCACGACGAAGAACCAACGGGUUGUUUCACAGCACAGAAUAUUAGGAGACAUAGAAGCAAUGUCUAAACCAUGACAAGAUUACA